UCUUCUCUGUCUCCAGCUGCUCCAUUCGUUUGCAGACCUGCUACCAUCCUGCCAGUAUCCAAACAGCCUGGUGCCUCGGCACCCGCACUUCAGCCUGAGGUCUGUACCCAGCCUGAUGCCUCCACUCAGCCUGAUGCCUCCACUCAGCCUGAUGCCUCUACCCAGCAUGAUGAACUGAUCCAGACUGAUGAUCCUAUUAGGCCAGUUGACUCGAUGCCCGCUGUUGAUCCAGAUGGUCCGGUGCCCGCUGUCGUGCCAAUUGACUCAGAGCCCGCUGUCGUACCUGGUGACUUGGUGCCCACUGUCUUGCCAGAUGACGCGGUGCCCGCUGUUGAGCCAAAUGACCUGAUGCCUGGUGACCCAGUGCCCGCUGUCAUACCUGGUGACCCGAUGCCCGCUGUCGAGCCAGACAAUCCAAUGCCUGGUGACCCGGUGCCCACUGCCUUGCCAGAUGACGCGGUGCCCGCUGUCGAGCCAAAUGACCUGAUGCCUGGUGACCCGAUGCCCGCUGUCCAGCCAGACGAUCCAAUCCCACUGUCGUGCCUGGUGACUCGGUGCCCGCCACUCCGCCUGGGGGCCCGAGACCUGUUGCUCCGCCUGAGGGUCCGGUGCCCG